GAGGAUUGCUUGAGCCCAGGAGUUUGAGGCUGCAGUAAGCUAUAAUUAGGCUACUGCACUCCAGCCUGGACAAUAGAGCAAGACCCUGUCUCUAAAAAUAAAAAGUAAUAAACCAGCAUUGAGGAAUGUUAUUGCCUAGAUCAGGGAUCUCAAAUAUUUUGGUCUUAAGACACUUUUACACUCUUAAAAAUUGAGAAUCCUGGCCUGUAAUGUCAGUACUUUGGCAGGCUGAGGUGGGAGGAUAACUUGAGCCCAGCAGUAUGAGACUAGCCUACGCAAUACGGUGAGACCUCGUCUCUUCAAAUAAACUAAGAAAAAAUUAGCUGGGUCUGGUGGCAUGUGCCUGUAGUCCAGCUGCUCAGCGGUUGAGGCUUGAGUCUGAGAGGCAGAAGUUGCAGGGUAUGGAGAUUGCACUACUGUACUCCAGCCUUAAUGAAAGAGCUGUCUCAAAAAAAAAAAAAAAAUUGGGAAUCCCAAUAACUUUUAUGUUUAUACUGUCAACUCUAUCAGAAAUUAAAACAAUUUUUUAAAAUACUCAUUUAAAAUAACAGUGAUAAACCCAUUACAAGUUAACAAAUGAUUUAGGAAAAUAACUAUUUUCUAAAACAAAACUAAGAGAAGCAUGGCAUUGCUUUAUAUAUUUAUAGGGGUCUAAUGAAUGGCUAUUUAAUAGAAGACAGCGGGAGUCUUUUGUCUGCUUCUGUAUUCAACCUGUUGCAAUAAAUUAUUUUGGUUAAAAUAUACAGAGGCGGCUGGGUGUGGUGGCUCAUGCCUAUAAUCCCAGCACUUUGGGAGCGGAGGUGGGAGGACUGCCUAAGAGAUGGAUUUCUAGACCCUCCUGGGCAACAUAGUGAGACCCUAUCAAAAAAUCUAAGAAUAAAACAUUAAAAAAAAAAAAAAAGGCCAGGCGUGGUGCCUCAUGCCUGUAAUCCAAGCACUUUGGAGGCCAAGGUGGGCAGAUCACUUGAGGUCAGGAGUUCAAGACCAGCCUGACCAACAUGGUGAAACCCCAUCUUAAAAACAAACAAAAAACCCCCUAAAAAUUAGCUGGGCAUGGUAGUGCAUACCUAUAGUCUGAGUUACUUGGGAAGAUCAUUGGCGCCCAGGAGUUCAAGACUGCAGUGAGUUAUGAUCGUGCCAGUGUACUCUAGCUUGGGAGACGGGUGAGACACCCAUCUCUUAAAAAAAAAUGCACAAAGAAAAAUCUAGGCUUACACAGAUACGUAGUUGGUAAAGGAAGGAAUAUUAUUUAAAUAGUCUUUUCAGGUAAAUCUUUUUUUUUUCUCUCUCAAGGCAAGAUCUCACUGUCACACAGGCUGGGGUACAGUGAUGCCAUCUCAGUUGACUGCAGCCUCAGCCUUCCGAGUAACUGAGGCUCCAGGCACAUGACACCACACAUGGCUAAUUUGUAUUUUUUGUAGAGGCGAGGUUUUGCCAUGUUGCCCAGGCUGGUCGUGAACUCCUGAUGUCAAGCAGUCCACUCUCUGCAGCCUUCCAAAAUGUUAGGAUUACAGGCGCGAGCCACUGCACCCAGCCUGAAUCUUCUGAUACUAUACAGGAACUCAGCAAGUGCUAGUUUCUUUGUUGGGGUAUGGAAUCUGAAAUUGUAUUUAUGAACCUGUUGGUCUUUCUGGAACUUCAAAUGGAUUUUUUACCCAUGCCUGAUUUAUAACAUGCAUUGGUGACUUGAAAAAAUAUUCACUGUGUUUUGCAGAUCUCCAAAUAUUGACACAUUUCAUCAUACAUUACUCCUUCCCCCUCAAAAAAACCCUGACAUUAGUUAAUAUCACUACCCAUCUCAUCAUAAGUCUUUAAUUAAUGGGCUUAUAAAUGUCAAAUGUUUUUCAAAAUUGUAAUUUUUACAUAAAACCCAACUUUUUCAUUGGCAAGAGAUACUGUCAUUUGUUUCUUUGAAAUAACAAGCUCAUUUUUUUUUUCAGGAAGGUGUCUGUCAGGUAGCUAAGUCUGAAUAGGCAUAGUUUAUCAUUUGUUCUUUCAGAAAGUAAAAAUGGUGUUUCAUGAAAAAAGCAGCUGGUUCAACUUGCAGCUCAUCACUUAAGUGCUUUUUCUCCAGACAACAUCUGCUGGAUGUGAUGGAGCUGCUUGAAGAAGAUCUCACGUGCCCUAUUUGUUGUAGUCUGUUUGAUGAUCCGCGGGUUUUGCCUUGCUCCCACAACUUCUGCAAAAAAUGCUUGGAAGGUAUCUUAGAGGGGAGUGUGCGGAAUUCCUUGUGGAGACCAGCUCCAUUCAAGUGUCCUACGUGUCGUAAGGAAACUUCAGCUACUGGAAUUAAUAGCCUACAGGUUAAUUACUCCCUGAAGGGUAUUGUGGAAAAGUAUAACAAGAUCAAGAUCUCUCCCAAAAUGCCAGUAUGCAAAGUACACUUGGGGCAGCCUCUCAACAUUUUCUGCCUGACUGAUAUGCAGCUGAUUUGUGGGAUCUGUGCUACUCGUGGGGACCACACCAAGCAUGUCUUCUGUUCCAUUGAAGAUGCCUAUGCUCAGGAAAGAGAUGCCUUUGAGUCCCUCUUUCAGAGCUUUGAGACCUGGCGUCGGGGAGAUGCUCUUUCUCGCUUGGAUACCUUGGAAACUAGUAAGAGGAAGUCCCUACAGUUACUGACUAAAGAUUCAGAUAAAGUGAAAGAAUUUUUUGAGAAGUUACAACACACGUUGGAUCAAAAGAAGAAUGAAAUUCUGUCUGACUUUGAGACCAUGAAACUUGCUGUUAUGCAAGCAUAUGACCCAGAGAUCAACAAACUCAACACCAUCUUGCAGGAGCAACGGAUGGCCUUUAAUAUUGCUGAGGCUUUCAAAGAUGUGUCAGAACCCAUUGUAUUUCUGCAACAGAUGCAGGAGUUCAGGGAGAAAAUCAAAGUAAUCAAGGAAACUCCUUUACCUCCCACUAAUUUGCCUGCAAGCCCUUUAAUGAAGAACUUUGAUACUAGUCAGUGGGAAGACAUAAAACUAGUUGAUGUGGAUAAACUUUCUUUGCCUCAAGACACUGGCACAUUCAUUAGCAAGAUUCCCUGGAGCUUUUACAAGUUAUUUUUGCCAGUUCUUCUGCUUGGCUUUGUCAUUUUCUUUGGUCCUACCAUAUUCCUAGAAUGGUCUUUAUUUGAUGACCUGGCAACUUGGAAAGACUGUCUUUCAAACUUCAGUUCCUAUCUGACUGAAUCAGCUGAUUUUAUGGAACAGUCAGUUUUUUACUGGGAACAGGUGACAGAUGGGUUUUUCAUUUUCAGUCAAAGAUUCAAGAAUUUUACUUUGGUGGUACUGAACAAUGUGGCAGAAUUUGUGUGCAAAUAUAAACUAUUAUAAAAUCUG